AUGGGUUCAAACGCCCCGCCGAGCCUUCGAGUACCUCUGAGCAUCGGUAUCAAGGUGUGUGUUGAUUGCAAGGAUAUUAAAGCUACUUGCAAACCGCUUCCACAAGUUGCGGUGCAAUCUCUCAUUGCUGCUCUCGCCACAGCCGAUGCAGUCGAUGACAAGGACGAGCAGUCCGUUCAUGUUUUCACCACUGCUAUUACAAAUUGUCGCAGGAAACUCAAGGCAGAGGCUGUGACUAUGAAAGAGGCCUCAACAGCUCCCGCAGCCACAACCGCGCCUGUAGCCGAAACUGUUCCCUUGGCCAAGCUCAUCCCCUCGGCUAUGUCUUCACCUGACUAUGCCUCGGAAUUCCUUGAAAUAGGCCGCCGAAUUGCAGAUGCAUUGGAGGCAAUCCAUCACGUCAAGAAGGCUCGCUGGGAUAGCGAGCAGCAAGAGGAAGAGGAUGCAGAGUACAUACCAAGUGACUCUGAGUAA